GAAGCAUGGCAUCAAUGACUCAGAUAAGGGCAAGUGUACAACCAAUCUGCUUGACAACUGACAAGAGGCUGGAGUUUGAAGCAGACUGUGAAAAGAACACAAGAAAGUGAUUUGCAAAGGGCAUUCCAUCUGUUUGCCUUCCACCUCCUCUCCUCUGUCUGUAAAGAUUCAACAUUUUUAAUCAGUUAAAAUACUUAGUCCUCUUGUCUCUCCCUCAGAAAGUAAAUACAUAAGAAAUGCAUUAUUUUGGAGUAUUAGCUGCACUUUCUGUUUUCAAUAUAAUUGCCUGCCUGACAAGAGGCAAGCCUUUGGGAAACUGGGACAAGCUACCAGUUAUGGGAGAGUCUGACACAUUCUUUCAUGAUCCUGGGGAAGUGGAAGAUGAGACCCAUUUUGAUUUUAAAUCUUUCCUGGAGAAUAUGAAGACAGAAUUACUAAGAAGUUUAAAUUUAUCAAGGAUUCCCUCACAAGCGAAGACCAAAGAACCACCACCACAGUUCAUGAUUGAUUUAUACAACAGAUACACAGCGGACAAGUCCUCCAUUCCUGCAUCCAACAUCGUAAGGAGCUUCAGCACUGAAGAUGUUGUUUCUUUAACUUCACCAGAAGAAAACCCAUUUCAGAAACACAUCUUGCUGUUCAACAUCUCUAUUCCACGAUACGAGGAAAUCACCAGAGCUGAACUGAGAAUCUUUAUCUCCUGCCGCAAGGAAGUUGGGUCUCCCUCCAGACUGGAAGGAAACAUGGUCAUUUAUGAUGUUCUAGAUGGAGACCAUUGGGAAAAUAAAGAAAAUAGCAAAUCUUUGCUUGUCUCCCACGGUAUUCAGGAGUGUGGCUGGGAAAUGUUUGAAGUGUCCAGAGCUGUGAAAAGAUGGGUUAAGGCAGACAAGAUGAAGACUAAAAACAAGCUAGAGGUUGUUAUAGAGAGUAAGGCUCUGGGUGGUUUCCCUUGUGGGAAGCUGGAUAUCAGCGUUACUCGUGACACUAAAAAUCUGCCCCUGUUAGUAGUAUUCUCCAAUGAUCGCAGCAAUGGGACAAAAGAGACCAAAGCAGAGCUCCGGGAGAUGAUUGUUCAUGAGCAAGAAAAUGUGCUAGACAAAUUAGGAAAGAACAACUCUUCAUCUGAAGAACAGAGAGAGGAAAAAGCCAUCACUAGGCCCCAUCAGCAUUCCUCCAGAAGCAAGAGAAGCAUUGGAGCAAACCACUGUCGGAGAACUUCGCUCCAUGUGAACUUCAAAGAGAUUGGUUGGGAUUCUUGGAUCAUUGCACCCAAAGAUUAUGAGGCUUUUGAGUGUAAAGGAGGUUGCUUCUUCCCUCUGACAGAUAAUGUUACGCCAACAAAACAUGCUAUUGUCCAGACUCUGGUGCAUCUCCAAAACCCGAAGAAAGCUUCCAAGGCUUGUUGUGUUCCAACUAAAUUGGAUUCCAUUUCUAUUCUUUAUAAGGAUGAUGCUGGUGUGCCCACUUUGAUAUAUAACUAUGAAGGGAUGAAAGUGGCAGAAUGCGGCUGCAGGUAGUAUAUGCAGAAUAUCUAUAAGAAGAAGAAUACUCUUUUCUGCUGUCUGUGAAACUGUACAUUAGUGAUGUAAAUGAAAAUCCUUGCAAACAAGGUUUGGAGCACGGGAUGGAGCUGGUUGUUUGUUGUUGCUGCUUUUAAAGGAAAGCUGGCAUUUAAAGGAUGGCAAUCAUUGUAAAUAACCUGCAUUAUAUAUCAUUAAUUAAAAUUUUGUGAGAUUGAAA